AAGAAGAAAGAGAGAGAAGGAAGAGGAAGAAAGGAGAAGAGGGAGAGAGAAGAAGAAAGAGAGAAACAGAAGGAAGAAGAAAGAGAAAGAGAAAGAGAAAGAGAAGAAGAAGGAAAAAAAAGAAGAAAGCGAGAAGAAGAAGAAAGAAAGAGACAGAGGAAGAAAGAAAGAAUGAAGAAAAAGAAGGAAAGAAGAGAAGAAAAGAGAAGAAGAGAAAGAAAGAAAGAGAGGAGAAGGAGAAAGAAAAGAGAAAGAAGAGAAGAAGAGAAAAACCGCAGAAAGAAGAGAGAGAAGAAAGAAGGAAGAGAAAGAAGGAAGGUAGAAGAAAGAGGAGAAGAAAGAGAAAGAGAAGAAAGAGAAGAAAGAGAGAAAAUAGAAAGAAGAAAAGAGAAGAAUGAAGGAAGAAAGAAGUACGAAGAGAAAAGGAGAAAAGAAGAAAGAAAAAAAGAGAAAGAAAGAGAAGAGAAGAGAGAAGAAGAAGAACAGAAGAAGAGAACAGAGAAAAGAAGAUUUGAGGAGAAGGAGAGAACAAGAGAAGAAGAAGAAGAAGAAAGAGAGAAUAGAAGAAGAAGAAAGGAAGAAGAAGAAAGAGAAAAAGAGAAAAGAAGAAGAAGAGAAAGGAGAGAAGGAGAACAGAGAAGAGGAAGAAGAAGAAGGAAAAGAAAGAAGAGAGAAACAGACAGGAAGAUAGGAAGAAGAAAAGAAAGAAGAAGAGAGAGAGAAGAAGAACGAAAAGAAAGAAGAGAAGCAGGGAAAAAGAGAAGAAGAAAGAAGGAAAGAAAGAAAAAGAGAAGAGAAGAGAAGAAGAAAAGAAGAGAAAGGGAAGAAGAAAAGAAGGAAAGUAGAUGA